AUGGAGGCCGCAUACGCGCAACCCACCAAGCAUGUUAUUAAGGCCUUCAACUCUGAUGCUACAAACGGAUUGACCGAUGAACAAGUUGUUUCCCUACGCGCGAAGCAUGGAAGGAAUUCCAUUCCCGAGGAGCCUCCCACACCACUGUGGGAGCUUAUUCUUGAGCAGUUCAAGGACCAACUUGUUCUGAUUCUUCUCGGCUCUGCCGCAGUCUCCUUCGGCCUCGCACUAUUCGAGGAAGAAGAAGGCUGGAGCGCAUUCGUUGAUCCCGUCGUGAUUCUGACCAUCUUAAUCCUCAAUGCCGUUGUCGGAGUUUCCCAAGAAAGCAGCGCCGAAAAAGCCAUCGCCGCCCUCCAGGAAUAUUCUGCAAACGAAGCCAAUGUUGUGAGGAAUGGCGGCCACAUCUCUCGUGUCAAGGCCGAGGAGCUUGUCCCUGGCGAUAUAAUUUCCGUGUCUGUUGGUGACCGCAUCCCUGCCGACUGUCGUCUUGUGGCAAUCGAGAGCAAUAGCUUUGCGGUUGACCAGGCAAUCCUCACCGGCGAAAGCGAGAGUGUUGGCAAGGAUGAUGCCGCCGUGGUUGGCGAUGAGAAGGCUGUUCUUCAGGACCAGGUCAACAUGCUGUUCUCAGGAACAACCGUGGUCACUGGCCGAGCCAAAGCAGUAGUUGUUCUCACCGGUUCUUCCACCUCCAUCGGCGGUAUCCAAGAGAGCAUCACCGCGCAAAUCUCGGAACCUACCCCCUUGAAGCAGAAGUUGAACGACUUCGGUGACAGUCUCGCCAAGGUGAUUACUGUGAUCUGUAUUCUUGUCUGGCUCAUCAACAUUCCCCACUUCAGCGACCCCACUCAUGGAAACUGGACCAAGGGCGCCAUCUACUAUCUCAAGAUCGCAGUUUCGCUCGGUGUCGCCGCGAUCCCCGAAGGUCUUGCCGUUGUUAUUACGACAUGCCUUGCCCUUGGUACUCGAAAGAUGGCGGCCAAGAAUGCGGUCGUCCGCAGCCUUCCUUCUGUGGAAACUUUGGGAAGCUGCAGCGUCAUCUGCUCUGAUAAGACUGGCACCCUUACCACCAACCAGAUGAGCGUUAACAAGGUUGUCUAUAUCGAUGAGUCCGGCGCAAGUCUUCAGGAACUUGAUGUUGAGGGUUCGACUUUCGCUCCACGAGGUGUCGUCAAGUUCGACGGACAAACCGUCCAAGACAUCACCCAAACUUCGGCCACGGUUCGACAGAUUGCCGAGGUCGCCGCGCUCUGCAACGACUCUCAUCUUGCCUAUGACGCACGUACUGGCAGCUUUAACCUUAUCGGCGAACCUACUGAGGGUGCGUUGAGGGUUCUCGCCGAGAAGCUUGGUCCUUGCGCCCCCGCCGACUGUCCCCCUGAGGAUUGCGUUCAUUAUGCUAGUGCUUGGUACGAGAAGCAGUACCCUCGUCUCGCCACGUAUGAAUUCUCGAGGGACCGGAAGAGCAUGUCCGUCUUGGUUAAUGAUCACGCCCAGAAGAGGCUUCUUGUCAAGGGAGCUCCUGAGACUAUCAUUGAGAGGUGCACGCACGCCUUGAUCGGAUCGCAGGGAAAGAAGGUUGCUCUCAACAAGAAGCUCGCCGAUAUUCUCUUGACGGAAGUUGUCGAAUAUGGUAACCGGGGUCUCCGUGUCAUUGCCUUGGCAAGCGUCGACGAUAUCGGUUCUCACCCUCUCUUGGAAUCGGCUUCUUCAACCGCUCACUACGCUCAGAUCGAACAGAACCUUACCUUCGUCGGUCUUGUUGGCAUGUUGGACCCCCCUCGGCCUGAAGUUUCCGGCUCUAUUUCGAAGUGUAAGGAGGCCGGCAUCCGCGUCAUUGUCAUCACCGGCGACAAUCGCAACACUGCGGAGAGCAUCUGCCGAAAGAUCGGCGUCUUUGGUGACCUCGAGGAUCUGCGUGGAAAGAGCUAUACUGGUAAAGAAUUCGAUAAUAUGAGCCCGGCCGAGCAGCUCGACGCGGCUAAAACUGCCUCUCUCUUCUCCCGUGUUGAACCUGGCCACAAGUCUAAGCUGGUUGAUCUCCUUCAAUCUCUCGGCGAAGUUGUAGCUAUGACUGGUGACGGCGUGAACGAUGCCCCUGCCUUGAAGAAGGCGGAUAUUGGUAUUGCCAUGGGCUCUGGCACUGACGUCUCGAAGCUGGCCGCCGACAUGGUGCUUGCCGAUGAUAACUUCGCUACUAUCGAGGUUGCCAUUGAGGAAGGUCGAUCUAUCUACAACAACACCCAGCAGUUCAUCCGCUACCUCAUCUCCUCUAACAUUGGUGAGGUUGUCUCUAUUUUCCUUACCGCCGCUUUGGGCAUGCCCGAGGCUUUGAUUCCCGUUCAGCUCCUCUGGGUCAACCUGGUCACCGAUGGUCUCCCCGCCACCGCUUUGUCGUUCAACCCUCCGGACCACGACGUCAUGCGCCGCCGGCCUCGUCGACGUGACGAGGCUUUGAUUGGGGGAUGGCUCUUCUUCCGGUACUUGGUUAUUGGCACCUACGUCGGCCUCGCGACCGUCGCGGGUUAUGCUUGGUGGUUCAUGUACAAUACCGACGGUCCUCAAAUCUCCCUCUCCCACCUCAGCCGAUUCCACCGCUGCUCCACCGAUUUCCCCGAGAUUGGAUGUGCCAUGUUCACCAAUGACAUGGCCAAAUCUGCCUCGACGGUCUCGCUCUCUAUCCUCGUUGUCAUCGAGAUGUUCAACGCCAUGAACGCUCUGUCCUCGAGCGAGUCGCUUCUUACUCUGCCUCUCUGGGAGAACAUGAUGCUUGUCUAUGCCAUCGCCCUGUCCAUGGCCCUGCAUUUCGCUCUUCUCUACACCCCAGGACUUCAAACCCUUUUCUCCAUUCUCCCUCUUGAUUGGAAUGAGUGGAAGGCUGUCGUGGUUAUCAGUGCUCCUGUUAUCCUGAUUGAUGAGAUCCUCAAGUUUAUUGAGAGGCAAUUCUUUCUUCAAAAGACAGCAGAAGACUCGAUCUUGGAGAAGAAGAGCAAGUGA